CCCAUGCCGCGAGUAUGCUCCUCUGCUGGGAAGAACAAGUGUGGUGGCCCCCCAAGAAAAGUAGUUAACAUUCGAGCUCGAUAGUGCUUUGUUGGGGCCUGGUCGAUGUGUGGAGCUCAGUUUAGCUUUAAACUCCAUAACGAUAGCAUUCGAUUUGUCCGCGUCAACGGCAACAACGACGACGUGUUGUCUUUCACACGGUCUUUAACUAUUUUCAUAUUCGCCUUGUGCUAUACGAUCCUAAGGGAAGCGUCAGAAAAAGCAGUAGUGCAACGUCUCAGAAUUAGAGUUCGUGGUGCGGAUUUGUCUCGUCAUCUUUGCUUGUUUAUAAGUCGGGCACGGUUGGGAGAUAAGUGGAUUCUGAAGAAACGUAAAGUGGAGUAAUAAGCAGUUAGUUCUACCGGUUAUUAAAUUCGAUUUUUCAUCGUCAUCUAAGAAAGCUGGGCCGAAAAGGUUAGGACCAGUGGCUCCAUUGGUUCGUUGCGGCAUGGGUGCUGGAUUUGAACAAAGGCCAUGGACACCGACAGUUAGACGUGGGAAGAUUGCGGCUGAGUCAUCAAGCCCGGGGCCAGCUUGCGUCCAAUUACCUUCCUUAUUAGGUACAAAAGUUCCGGAUUCAAAAAAACAAGCUUCUCCAGCUUUCAGUUUUGGAUCACGUCAUCGAGCUAAAGACGAUUCCAUCGGCCCUGGACCAGCUGAGUAUAAUAUUACCGGAUUAGGAGCUAAAGGUCGUGAUAACCCUCCGGCAAUGUCCCUACAAAGUCGUCCAAAAGAAAAGCAAAAAUUUUCAACCCCCGCACCAGGCGAAUAUGAUGUAAACCGUGCCGGAAAGAUGGUGGUGGGAACAUCACCUAAGUACACGUUUGGUUUGAAAACUCAAACCGAUAAGACCAGUACCACUCCAGCUCCAGGUGCAUACUACCCUGAAAGGGUGAAUAGUUUUGGUAGUAAUCCUCCGAAAUAUUCGUUUGGCAUUCGAACUAAAAUUGUAUUCGAUAGUAAAACACCAGUUCAAAAUGGAAAAUGUACUGUAAAAACAAAACAUAUCAAAACAGAGAAAUAUACGCUAGGAUUCAGAGAUACACAUAUCAAGAUUGAGGAUACUCCGGCUCCGGGAGCCUAUCAACCAGAAAAGGUCGCUUUAGAUCGAACACCUGCUUAUUCCUUCGGGGUUAAGGUUAAUCGUAAGAAGGUCAAUGAUACACCAGCUCCUGGAGCAUACGCUCCUGAGAAGGUAAAAUUAGAUACUACGCCGAAGUACAGUUUUGGUCUGAGAACUAUCAAGGAAUCGAAAAGUGAAACGCCAGCACCCGGAGCUUAUAACCCUGAAAAAAGUAAUCUAGAUCGUACGCCUGCUUACAGCUUUGGGGUUAAGGUUAAGCGUGAAAAGGUGGUGGAUACGCCUGCGCCUGGAGCAUACAAACCAGAAAAGUCAACUCUGGACAAAAGUCCUGCUUACAGUUUUGGCGUCAAGACAGUACACCAAAAAGUCAACGAUACACCUGCACCAGGAGCAUAUAAGCCAGAAAAAGUAAACUUUGACAAACCUCCAGCUUACAGUUUUGGCUGCAGAGUAAUACACACAAAGGUUAGCGAAACACCAGCACCUGGUGCAUAUCAGCCAGAAAAGGUGAACUUAGAUAAACCUCCAGCAUAUAGCUUCGGACAUCGAGUCACACAUGAAAAACUAAGUGAAACACCAGCCCCGGGGGCUUAUCAGCCAGAGAAAGUCAAUCUUGACAAGCCUCCUGCAUAUAGUUUUGGAACCAAAGUGAAUCAUGUGAAAUCAAGUGAUACUCCAGCUCCUGGGGCAUAUCGACCUGAGAAAGUUAAUCUAGAUAAGCCACCGGCAUUUAGUUUUGGACAUAGGGUGAACCACGAAAAGCCAAGUGAAACACCUGCUCCUGGAGCUUAUCAACCUGAAAAAGUCAAUUUAGAUAAACCUCCAGCGUACAGCUUCGGAACUAAGGUUAAUCAAGUAAAGGCCAGUGAUACUCCUGCUCCUGGAGCAUAUCAGGUCGAAAAGGUUAAUCUUGAUAAACCUCCAGCAUACAGUUUUGGUCAUAGAGUUAACCACGAAAAGCCAAGUGAAACUCCAGCUCCUGGUGCUUAUCAACCGGAAAAGACCAAUCUCGAUAAGCCACCAGCAUUCAGUUUUGGACAUCGCGUGAAUCAUGAGAAGCCGAGCGAAACACCCGCCCCUGGAGCUUAUCAGCCGGAAAAGGUAAAUUUGGAUAAACCACCAGCGUACAGUUUUGGUCAUCGUGUGAAUCAUGAGAAACCAAGUGAUACACCAGCGCCUGGUGCUUACCAGCCAGAAAAGGUCAACCUUGAUCACAAUCCAUCUUAUAGUUUUGGACACCGAGUUAAUCAUGACAAGCCCAGCGAAACGCCCGCUCCUGGAGCUUAUCAACCUGAAAAAGUGAACCUAGACAAGCCUCCAGCGUACAGUUUUGGUCACCGGGUUAAUCAUGAAAAACCAAGUGAUACUCCAGCUCCAGGUGCAUAUCAACCAGAAAAAGUUAAUCUCGAUCAUAACCCGGCUUAUAGCUUCGGACACCGGGUUAAUCACGAAAAACCUAGUGAAACUCCGGCGCCCGGAGCAUAUCAACCCGAGAAGGUGAAUUUAGAUAAACCUCCAGCAUACAGCUUUGGUCAUCGGGUUAACCAUGAGAAACCGAGUGACACCCCAGCCCCUGGUGCAUAUCAACCAGAAAAGGUUAACCUUGAUCAUAAUCCAGCUUAUAGCUUUGGUCAUCGGGUUAACCAUGACAAACCCAGUGAGACUCCAGCUCCUGGAGCUUAUCAGCCUGAAAAGGUGAAUUUGGAUAAACCUCCAGCAUAUAGUUUUGGACAUCGCGUGAAUCAUGAGAAGCCAAGUGAGACACCAGCUCCUGGGGCAUACCAACCAGAAAAAGUGAAUCUCGACCACAAUCCAGCAUACAGCUUUGGACAUCGGGUUAACCAUGAGAAGCCGAGUGACACACCAGCACCCGGGGCUUACCAACCUGAAAAGGUGAAUCUAGAUAAACCUCCAGCAUAUAGUUUUGGACAUCGAGUCAACCAUGAAAAGCCAAGCGAUACACCAGCUCCUGGAGCAUACCAACCAGAAAAAGUGAAUCUUGAUCAUAAUCCAGCCUACAGCUUUGGACAUCGCGUUAACCACGAAAAGCCGAGUGACACUCCCGCUCCUGGAGCAUAUCAACCUGAAAAGGUAAAUUUGGAUAAACCACCAGCGUACAGUUUUGGUCAUCGAGUCAACCAUGAAAAACCAAGUGAUACACCAGCCCCUGGCGCAUAUCAACCAGAAAAGGUUAAUCUUGACCACAAUCCAGCCUACAGUUUUGGGCAUCGGGUGAAUCACGAGAAACCAAGUGAAACCCCAGCACCGGGUGCAUAUCAACCAGAAAAAGUUAAUCUUGAUCACACGCCCGCCUAUAGUUUUGGACACCGAGUGAACCAUGAAAAACCAAGUGAUACACCAGCCCCUGGUGCAUAUCAACCAGAAAAAGUUAAUCUUGACCACAAUCCAGCUUAUAGUUUUGGGCAUCGGGUCAAUCACGAGAAACCAAGUGAAACACCAGCCCCUGGAGCAUAUCAACCAGAAAAAGUUAAUCUUGAUCAUACACCAGCCUAUAGUUUUGGACACCGAGUGAACCAUGAAAAACCCAGUGAAACACCAGCUCCCGGAGCAUACCAACCGGAAAAGGUGAAUCUUGAUCACACACCAGCCUAUAGUUUUGGACACCGAGUGAACCAUGAGAAACCCAGUGAAACACCAGCUCCAGGAGCAUACCAACCGGAAAAGGUAAAUCUUGACCACACUCCAGCCUAUAGUUUCGGACAUAAGGUCAAUCAUGAAAAGCCAAGUGAAACGCCAGCCCCUGGAGCAUACCAACCAGAAAAGGUUAAUCUUGAUCAUACACCAGCAUAUAGUUUUGGACAUCGAGUGAACCAUGAAAAACCAAGUGAAACUCCCGCCCCUGGAGCUUAUCAACCAGAAAAGGUCAACCUUGAUCAUACUCCUGCCUAUAGUUUUGGUCACCGUGUGAACCAUGAAAAGCCAAACGAAACGCCAGCUCCUUGUGCUUAUCAACCAGAAAAGGUAAACCUAGAUCAUACUCCAGCAUAUAGCUUUGGACACAGAGUGAAUCAUGAAAAACCAAGCGAAACUCCAGCACCCGGCGCAUAUAAACCUGAGCAGGUUGUGCUGGAUCAUACGCCGUCUUAUACAUUUGGAGUUAAAGUUGAACAAAAGCUGUCAGUAGAAACCCCAGCGCCAACGGCCUAUAAACCAGAACAGGUGAAGUUAGACCAUUCACCUGCAUAUACGUUUGGCGCAAAAACGAACAGAGAAUCUAACCAGAAUGGUAUUCCAGCUCCGGGUUCGUAUAAUGUAGAAAAAGUAGUCUUAGAUCAUGGACCUGCCUAUUCUUUUGGCGUUAAAGUUAAAAAUGAAAAGUAUAGCGAUACACCAGCUCCUUGCGCUUACAUGGCUGAAAAAGUUUGCCUUGAUCAUGUUCCUACUUAUACAUUUGGAAUAAAAUCAACAGUUGUCAGCUCCAAACGUAUAUAAGAUACCAACAGUUUUGGGUACAAGCAAGGAAGGACCAAUACGAUCAGCCCCGGCCUUCACCAUUACAGGAAGACAACGACAACAGACUUCACCAACAGCGAGUGUACCUGGACCUGGGGCAUAUGACGGCUA